GACGCAUGACAAAGAUAGAGAUAUCAUCAAACUUCAACCACAAACCUGAUUAAAUGGUACACGGAUUAAAUGUCCCCGUUCCAUAGUUUUAAUUGGUAUCAAAUAAUUAUAAUCUGCGGUAAUUUACGGGUGUGUGUGUGUUUUAUUAUGGGUCCUCAGCGAUCAUGUAAAUGGAGAGGAUUUAUUAUCUUGUGUGUGGUUCACCUAUUACUUGUAGAGAUAGAAGCAUCUACAAACAACACGACAGAGAACCCUGAGGAUGACACAACAGUGGAAGAGGAGACCACCACCACAGCAACAACAACAGCGCCAACAACAAUAACAACAACGGUGGAAGAUGAAACAACCGAGGAAGAAUCCACCACCUCCGCUGCUACAACAGCAGAAACAACAACGGCAGCAACAACAGCAACAGCAACAACAGCAACAGCAACAACAACAGUGGAAGAUGAGACAACUGUGGAAGAAGAGACAAUAGCAGCUACCUCAGCUGCUUCUGAUGUCACAACAGGGGUCAUUGAAACCGCCACAAGCUCCUCUGUAAGCAAUGAAACAACGACAGACGAUGACACGACCACUACAGAUGACGUCACAGUAGGUGGAGUGGAAAGUUCAUCAAGUGAAAGCUCCACCACGGAGCAGUCAACCACAGACGAUGAUGAUUCAUCAGAAAGUACGGUAGAAAUAACCAGUGACGCUAUUUCCUCCACGGAAAUGAGCACUGAUGACGUAACUACGGAUGACGUAACCACAGCUAUGGAAACUACCACAGAUUUUAUGCCUCUAGACGACGACAACAAUGCGAGUAUUGUCAUUGCCGUCAUAGCCGGGGUGAUUUGCGUCACAGCUGUCGCUGGAACAGUAGGGAUACUAUACAAGACAAUGACACAUAUAAAGGUCGAAGAUGCAGAAUACGAUUCAGAAUACGACCCGGAGGAUCACAGCGGCAUUAAGACAAAUCCAUUUGAUGAGAACGGAAUGAUUCUGUGGUAUGAGAAUACACAAGUCCCUCCUUUCGUGACUGAACUUACUAUAGUCAAAAAACCUAUAGAGGAUGUACCGGAACCGGAAAUUCCAAAACAAAACAAAACCAAAACGCAGCAUAAAAGGACCAAAAAGAGACCAAAAAGAAAGAAGCCUAGAAGAAAGCUAAUCUCCCUAUACGAUUGAUCGAGUUUCUCGUCGAAGUGUUGCAAUAAUUAGAUGCAUAUCAGUCAUAUCCUAGAAGCAUCUGCCUGUAGAUAGGUUAUUACGUUUCGGUACAUCAUGUAAUCUGCAUUACUUCCUGUGUCAGGGUGACAACAGUGACACGCUUACUCCUCCUAGGCACCUGAUCCCACCUCUGGUGUGUCCAGGGGUCCGUGUUAGCCCAACUAUCUAUUUUGUAUUGCUUAUAGGAGUUAUGAGAUUGAUCACUGUUCGUUAUCCUCGCCUUUUAUGUAAAUUAUACCUUCAAAAUAUAAUUGUAAGAAUAUAAAAAUGAAUGCUCAUAAACCUGUAACAAUAUGAAGUUCACCUCUCUUGUUGAAGGGCAAUACAAUGCGUCUUAUUUGCUAGUUACAUUGUAGAAUUUUUUUUAUGUUGCGCCAGUACUUACAUCAUGUACAUAUCGUGGAAUGGCCGCAAGAACAUGAAUUGUAGAGUAGACUGUUGAUGUCUAGCUUUUCAGAGUUUGAAUCAACUAAAAAUAGAACUAUGGUGGUCUGAAACUUAAUUUUCCUGGGACUCCAUCAUAUAAAUAUGAAAGGCUUUCUAUCAAUUAAAUCAGGGAAAUACAUAUCCAUUAAACCAAUCAUUUAUAACCGUUAUAAAAUAUUCACUAGUAACACCCAAAUUAGAUAACCUGUGAAUUACGUGAUCGUUUUAAGAGAUGACGCUAUUUGUUAUGUAUGGUCACUGUACUGAAUAGAUUGUGAAUUUUCUUUCUUUCAAUGUGCUCAUUUUGCAGAAGAAAGAGGUAUGGGUAUCUUGUUUGAGUCUUAUCAAUGAAAAUGCAACAGUUAAUACGAGUUCCUAGACAGUUAUUUCUAUAAUGCAAUGGAAAUCUUAUUUUUAAAGACAAUGGAAAUUUUCAGUCUGUUUGAAGAUCUAUACAAUUUAGAAAGCAAAAGAUUUUGAAACAAGCAUUUAUUCAAGACUUCUACUUCAUUUUUGAAAAUACUUGAAGGUAGGAACUGUGACGCUCCAAGCCAGAUGUAUUCUUUAUAAAAAUAUAUAUUUGAAUUGCAUAUACUAUAAACCGUACAGAAUUAGCAUGCACAUAUUUCAGGGAGAUGUAGGUGCUACCCAAUCCUAAAAACCCAAAGAUGACCCGCAUGAACAAAAUCAAAGGAAAUAUAUAACUUGUCAUGCGCAAUGUACAUGUAUGAGACGAGGAAUAACUUAGUUUCAGUAAAAGUUUAAUUUUUUUUUAAAUAGCACUUCCUUUUGCAACAAAAUAAUACGAAAUCCUGUUAGGAUGGUUUCAAACAGAAUACAUGUAUGUUUUGAAGGCGUAUUAACACAAUAGUGAUGCGUAAUAACAUGACAGAACAGCGUAAGGAUACAAAAGAAAGGCGUAAUCGUGUGAAUAAAGGCGCAGUCACGCAAAUGAAAAAAAAAAUUAGUGAAAAUAGAAUUUUAUUAAUAAAUGCUGCAUUAAAAUAAAUAUUCAAGAAAGGAUGACGGUGUUACUUAAAUAAUUUUAACAACUAGCGGAUUGUAAUGACAUUUCAAGCACGCCGUUAACGUUGAUAUGCACGGAUAUGCAAUGCACAUCGAAAUUGAAGCUGUUUACUGAAAAUAUAUAUAAUGCAAUAUUUGAUACAUUAUUAUGUAUGACUAGUUAGUAAAUAUACCAUAUAGAUAAAUAAAAAACGAGAAGACGAAAAACAAAUCAUUGAAAAAAAACCUGGAUUCACUUUCUGCAUUGAAUUGCCCUGUUCAUAUCGAAUUAAAACUAAAUGCCCUACUGAGCACACAAUUUCAAAAAUACAUAUAAAUAUACAAGUCGCAGAUAUGAUACAAUGCAACAGCGCAGGUAAACGAGAAACGGUUCAGAAUCGUUAUGUAAAAGUACUAUAUUUUGAUUAUACGUGUUAUCAUCACAGCCUGACAUGAAUAAACAAUCUGCAUUAAAUUUCAAUAGCUCUUUACAGUUCUAUAAAUAAACUGUUAUAUUAGGAAGAUUACAUUGUGACUUUGUUAAUCUAUAAACAUUUAUAUUGAAAAAUAUAUGUUUUGCUAUUUUGUUUGUGAACAAACUGGACAAAUGGAUCGAUGCAUCAACUACUGUGAAAAUUGCGAUCCAUCCUUCCAAUAAUUUUUCUCUGGCCGUAAAACAUGUCUGAUUUGUGUGGAGAAUCAAUCUGUCACAGUGACCCUUAUAAUAGUACCAUGUAUGAAUAUAUCAUAAAUUACUAACUAUAGGAAAGUUGAGCUCCUAUAUUCAGCAGCAUUAACUCCAUCAACAUCGCGUAAUUCUAAUCAACUGAAAUCACCAGUUAAUUGGUCUUUCAUACAAGUUUGUCAUGAAGUUCCGCAAACUCUAAUGUACAGUUCUGCAAACUUUCACGUAUAGCUUUUGUCCUGAUGUUCUGAAAACUUUGAUGUACAGUUCUACAAAAUUUCAUGUACAGCUUUGUCCUGAUGUUCUGAAAACUUUCAAGUACAGAUUUGUCCUGAAGUUCUGUAAACUUUGAUGUACAUUUUUGUCUUGAUGUUCUGAAAACUUUCAUGUACAGGUUUGUCCUGAGGUUCUGCAAACGUUGACGCUCCAUGGAUGAC